CUGAGAUCUGAGCGUCAGCCCCAAGUUGGCUGCUGUGCUGGGGCUUCCCUUCAGUGCCUCCUGGGCUCCAGGCCCUGCACCCUGCCAGCUAUGGAGACGGAGGGGCUCCCGCCUGGGGGAGGGGCUGCUGCCCAUAUUUUCUCUGCUUCUGGAAGGUGGCUCCUCCUCUUCCCCUCCAUGUGGAAAAGGGCCAGGAAAGGGGGGGCGGUGAAGGGAGGCCCCUGCAUCUGGCCACAGGGCCCCUAACUCCAAAUCUCAGGCGUGAGAGUAUCAGCUCUCCGGUGACCAUGCCCACAAAGGGAGGGUGCUGAGCAUCUAAAGAGGACGUUGUCAUCAGCUGGGAGCCCCGAAAAGCCUGGGGGUUGCGGACUAUGGGCAAAGGGCAGGAAGUAGCACCUGAAUUUUUGCACAAAUCCAACUUGAGUCCACCGGGUCUUGAGGGUGUUGGCACUCGGCUGGGAUCCCUGCGGGCUGAGGUCCGCAGCUCCUUGGACGGCUGCUCACCCCUGUCCCAGUCCCAGGAAGUAAGAGCCAAGUGUCGCCACCCGGUCUCCUGUGGGUGCCAGCACCAGUAGCUCCCGGUGCAAAGGAAGGACCACUUCCCAGAGCCCCCCAGUCCCAUGGCUUCUCUGUCCCCCUUGAGUUUUCGGGAGCGGACCUGCCUGUCAAGAAGCGGGGUGACCCCUGGACUUGCCUGCCCUCCCCGGGAGCACAGGUGGCCGGAGCCGUGGUAGCCGCAGUGGCCAGGCGGCGGCAACACUCCUAGCAGAGGAUGGCCCAGGCCCUGGAGCGGCCCGAGGGCAGCUGGGCCUGGGUGGUGCUGCUGUCCUCCAUGGUGACCCAGGGCCUCACCUUGGGCUUCCCCACCUGCGCCGGCAUCUUCUUCACCGAACUCCAGCGUGAGUUCCAGGCCAGCAACAGCGAGACCUCCUGGUUCCCCUCCAUCCUGACAGCCAUGGUCCACGCAGGGGGGCCCCUGUGCAGCAUCCUGGUGGACCACUUUGGCUGCCGCGUGACGGUGAUGCUGGGCGGCGCGAUGGCCUGCCUGGGCAUGGUGGCCAGCUCCUUCUGCCGCACCCUCAGCGAGCUCUACAUCACAGCGGGAUUCAUCACAGGCCUGGGCUUGUGUUUCAGCUUCCAGUCCAGCAUCACCGUGCUGGGCUUCUACUUCCACCGCCGGCGGCCGCUGGCCAAUGCUCUGGCGUCUGUGGGUGUCUCCCUGGGCAUCACGCUGUGGCCACUGCUGUCCCGUUACCUCCUGGAGGACCUCGGCUGGAGGGGCACCUUCCUUAUCUUCGGUGGGGUCUUUCUCCACUGCUGCGUCUGUGGGGCCCUCCUGAGGCCCGUGGCCACCAGGGUGGCGGCCGCUAAGACCAGCGACGUCCCCCACCUGCCUUCCAAGACACCCGCUCCUGGCUGCCUGGCCGCGUGUGGCCAGACCAUCCAGCGCCAUCUGGCCUUCGACAUCCUGCUGCACAACACCGGCUACCGCGUGUACACCCUGGGCGUCGUGUGGAUGAUCCUGGGAUUCCCGCUGCCACACGUCUUCCUGGUGCCGUACGCCAUGAGGCACGGGGUGGACGAGCACAAGGCGGCCCUGCUCAUUUCCAUCAUCGGCUUUAGCAACAUCUUCCUGCGGCCCUUGGCGGGGCUGCUGGCCGGCCGGCCCAGACUUGCCAGCCACCGCAAGUACCUCUUCACCUUGGCCACCUUGCUCAACGGGCUCACCAACCUGGUGUGCACGAUGUCGGCCGACUUCCGCGUGCUGGUGGGCUACUGCCUGGUGUACAGCGUGUCCAUGAGUGGCGUGGGCGCCCUCCUCUUCCAGGUCCUCAUGGACCUCGUGCCCAUGGAUCGUUUCUCCAGUGCCCUGGGACUCUUCACCGUCCUGGAGAGCAUCUCCAUCCUCAUCUCCCCGCCCCUGGCUGGCUUCCUCCUGGACACCACCCAUAACUUCAGCUACGUUUUCUACAUGUCCAGCUUCUUCCUCAUCUCAGCUGCCCUGUUCAUGGGCGGCAGCUUCUGUGUCCUGCAGAAGAAGGAGAGCCAGGGCAAGCCUGCCGAGGCAGAAGCGGCCAGCAGGGGUCUCCCCCCGCAGGGCACAGACAGUUCCGAGAAACGGCUGUGCGUGGAGGCCGCAUCUGUGACCAGCGUCUAAGUCCUGAGGUCAGUGCGUGACCUCUGCCUCGGACCAGAGUGGGUGUCCAGCUGCUGCUGCUGCACCAGGGCCUGGGAUGGAGAGCUGCCCAGAAGACCCAGGCCUCAGGCUGGCCAGGCCCUCUGCAUCAGGACAUAGCCAGGAGCGGGGGCCUUGGAGGCUGCCUCCGAAGACUCAGAGUUCCUGCCGACCAGCGGAAUCCAGGAGCUGGUCCUCCUGACAGUGUUGCUUGAGCACCAGCUUCCUGGGGUGUGGGUCAGGCCCUGCUGGAGGCUGCCCCAGCACAACUGUUGCUAUGACUCAAUACACUGGCCCUCUAGUCCAGCCGGCUGCCUCCCAUGUGAUCUCUUUGUCCUUCUCUAGC